AAACUAAACGUGUCGUCUGCAGAUUCAUCAACUUCAACAGCCACUGCCUCAUCGUCGUCAACUACCAUCACUGCCUCCAGCACUACAUCUAAAAAACAAUUUCUUGAUAAUCAAGAUGAAUCUACAGCUACAACAAGAUCCACUAUUGUUGAAAUUGAAUCAGAAAAAAAGAGAGGAAAAAAGAAACUAAAUGUGUCGUCUGCAGAUUCAUCAACUUCAACAGCCACUGUCACAUCAUCAUCAACCACCACUACUACAUCUAAAAAACAACCUCUUGAUAAUCAAGAUAAAUCAACAGCCACAACAACAUCCAUUAUUGUCGAAACUGAAUCAGAAAAGAAAAAAGGAAAGAGAAAACUAAACUUGGAGUCCACAUCGUCAUCAACUUCAACAAUCACUGCCACAUCGUCAUCAAUCACCACCACUGCCUCUAGCACUACAUCUGGAAAACAGCCUCUUGAUAAUCAAAAUGAAUCAAUAGCUACAACAACACCCACUAUUGUUGAAAUUGAAUCAGAAAAAAAGAGAGGAAAAAAGAAACUAAACGUGUCGUCUGUAGAUUCAUCAACUUCAACAGCCACUGCCCCAUCGUCACCAACCACCACCACUGCCUCUAGCGUUACAUCUGGAAAACAACCUCUUGAUAAUCAAGAUGAAUCAACAACCACGAUUAUCGAAACUGAAUCAGAAAAAAAGAGAGGAAAGAGAAAACUAAACUUGGAGUCCACAGAUUCAUCAACUUCAACAGCCACUGCCUCAUCGUCAUCAACCACCACCACUGCCUCUAGCACUACAUCUGGAAAACAACCUCUUGAUAAUCAAGAUGAAUCAACAGCCACAACAACACCCACUAUUGUUGAAAUUGAAUCAGGAAGAAAGAGAGGAAAAAAGAAACUAAACGCGUCUUCUGCAGAUUCAUCAACUUCAACAGCCACUGCCUCAUCGUCAUCAACCAUCAUCACUGCCUCUAGCACUACAUCUGAAAAACAACCUCUUGAUAAUCAAGAUGAAUCAACAACCACAACAACAUCCACCAUUGUUGAAAUUGAAUCAGAAAAGAAAAAAGGAAAGAGAAAACUAAACUUGGAGCCUACAGAGUCAUCAACUUCAUCAACCACCACCACUACAUCCAGCACUACAUCUGGAAAACAGCCUCUUGAUAAUCAAGAUGAAUCGACAACUACAACAAAAUCUACUCUUGUUGAAAUUGAAUCAGAAAAAAAGAGAGGAAAAAAGAAACUAAACGUGUC